AUGGCUCUAGCCAUCCGAGAGGCCUCUGGGCUGAAAGCAGAUAUUCGUCUGGCCCAGGCGGUAUCAGAGUUCGAAGCCGAGCUCACAACUGAACAAAAGCUUGCCUUCAGAGCCUCGCGCACCGCAGCGACAAGCAAAGCGCCAACAAUGUCAGACGUUAUGCGCCUCACAGCAGAGAUGGACCUCAAAGCAACGAGCAAGCAUGGUCGCAUACGAUGUUUCGGGCCGCGAUUAACCAAUAUGCUUCAGGCUAUUCAGCAGUUUGCAGCCCUGGACGAUAUCGUGGUCGGCGGAUCCCAGAACCUCAUCGCAUGUGGAGUCUGGUCUGUGGCGAGAAUGACUGUUCAUGUGAUAACUGGAUACUUGACACAUUUGGAAAAGCUCUCUGUUUUGUUUAUGGCUGUUGGCCGAAACGCUCCUCGAUACCAAGCCAUGGCUGCCAUUUAUCCAAAGUCCAAGAACUUACAGCGAUAUCUUUGCGAAUACUUUAUCGUCGUCACCAAGAUCUGCCAUCAGACCAUUCACUGGGCACAAAAGUCUGCCGUCAGCCGUCUUUCGUCAUCCAUCAGAGAUCCUGAUAUGAAAGGCUUCCAAGCAGACCUUGACACGUGGUCCGCCUCUAUCAAAGAAGAAGCUGAUCUGUUGCUCAGUCAAGGCCUUCAAGAAGAAGCUAAAGAGAAUGCGACAUUCCGUUCAAUAGUGUCGAGUCGCUCCAAAUAUCUCCAACAUCGUCAAAAGAUCAACGAAAGUAUUCGCUUUCUCGAUGCUUGCUCACAGCACGAUUAUCGAACCACAUGGAAACAGACUCGCAAGCGUGGAACAACUCGCAUUUUGCCCUCAUAUACCCAAUAUCAGAAAUGGAAAAGUUCUCAGACUGCGAGUGAUUCAAUUCUUUUCCGUGGUAAAUUGGGUGCGGGUAAAUCUGUUCUUCUCGCUAAUAUUGUCGAUGAUCUAAACCUUCUUCAAAACUCAAUUACGCUAUACUUCUUUGCCCGCCAUGACAUCCCCGACUCUCUGAGCUCAAGAACCAUAUUUGGGUCUCUGGUUCGGCAGCUUUUAGAAGUUUUCGCCUACGACAGCAAAUUCGAGCACAUCUUUUCGGAGUCUGUAUCUCGACUAGACUUAGACGACAUUGUCAAAAUUUUGGCAACCCUACCAUCACAUGAUAGGUAUUUGUACAUCGUAAUUGACGGACUCGACGAAUGUUCCAUGGAAGAGCAACAGACUGUCCUGCUCAGCCUAUCUGCCAUCAAGUCCGAGGGCUACAAGAUCUGCAUAUCAGUCAGGACUCCUACGGAAAGCUCAGUAUGGAAAGAUCAAAGUUUCGAAUUUCAGGAGUCUAUCCCAGAAGAAAAUCAAGAUAUAUUUGACUUUGUGCAAGUUGAAGUAGACAACAGAGUACGAAAUGAACGACUAGUCACCUUGGACCCUCUGCUUGUUCAAGACAUCAAACAGGAGCUCAUUGAUGGGGCAUGCGGGAUGUUCCUGUGGGUUUCCCUGCAACUUGAUUCCAUAUGCUCCGAAAUAUCGGAUACAGCGAUCCGGGAAGCAAUCCGAGACCUUCCACGGGAUCUCACGCAAACAUACGAACGGAACCUACUGAAAGCGAGCUCAGGCGACUCCAAGGGCCACCAUAUCCGGAUUUUCAAACUACUUGUUGGCGCUAGAGAGCCAUUGACAACAGAACAGUUACGUGAAGCAGUUAGCGUCAAAGUCGGACAUACCACGUGGAGUCCACAGCAGCAUAUCAGCAGCAUCCUUGCUGCCUUGAAGUUCUGCGGUAGUCUUGUUAUGGUCGACGAGGAAGAUGAUACAGUUGUAUUCAUCCACCAUAGUGCUCGGAGCUUCUGUCUGAACUCACCCAGAAAUGCAGCAGAAUGGACCUUUACCGAGAAGGCUGCGAACCUCGCUAUGGCUGAGACAUUGGUUACCUAUCUCAGCUAUAAUAUCUUUGACACCAGGCUGUCCAGGAAUGUCGCUCCCAAGAUCAGUGCGAACAAGAUGCCCGAGAUGGUUGCUUUGAGCACUAUGAGCAAUCACCAAGCCGGAAAGAGCGUUGCAAAUAAAUUCUUCAGACUGAAGUCCAAAAUUAAACGCGACAUUGGCCCUACACUUGCUCGAGUCAGCACAGGUUACCAAGCCAAUAAUUCGCAACAAUUCCUCUUGCUGCCAUAUGCCAAACAGAACUGGGUAAGGCAUACAUCGCAAUUGGAGAGUCUUCCUUCGCUGCCAAAUUGGUAUCAUCUUCUAGAUCAUCCCGAGUUUGGUAUUGAUUUUGACGAUAUCGAUGAAGCUACACAGAAAUUCCAAGAUAUCGUAUUCCAUCGGAGUGUAUCCUUGAGGCUGAAUCCUUUUCCUAUUAUUCCAAGUCUAAUCACCAUUUGGGCACUAGGCAAUGGUCAUAUACUUUUGCUUAAGCACGAGCUUAUUAAAGGUCGUGGGUUACGAAAGCUCCGGGCUUUUGUGAAGCUCUGGGCUCUUUUGAUGUGGCUCUCGCAAAACGACGCUUUGAAUCAGCUAGACUACCGUCUAGUUAAGUGGUUGUGUCUCCUACUCAUUCGUCUGAGAACAAAAUCCCCGAUUAAAACUCGGCUUUUGAGUCGGCUUUCGGCCUUUGACAACUGCUUUGUUGAUUAUGCUAGGGAGGCUAUACGUUCAUCUGACGCUGAAGCAUUCUCCUUUUUCCUGGGUCGUUUCACUAUCGAAGAUGCCCAGCACUUUAAAAGCAACACAAGGCUGAUACAGUGGGCUAUAGCAUCUGGUAGCGUCGAUAUGCUGCGCCUCCUGAUAAGAUUCGGCCUGGCGAAAGAUUCCCUCAUUAAUGGUCGUGCCGUGUCUCAAGCCUCGCGACUCAACUCUCCAGAUGAACUCAAAUCCCGCCUGGUGUAUUACUUGUUUGGUGUUGGUUUUGACUUUGACGCUUUGACUGAAGAUGAGCUUUACAGAGGCCUCAAACUCUUUUGCGCUUACGUCAGUCUUGAAGAAGCAUCUCGAAUCGUUCGAGGUCUCUUUUCUUUGCAACGGACAAAGACUGGCCCAAAAGCAGAUAUUCUAUUGGGCAUGGCUUGCGCAUCGGGCGACUACGAAGUGGCUGAGGCUUUAUUAAAUUGCCUUGCCAAUCCUAAUGCAAUAACUCCAUCUGGAAGAAGCUGUCUGGAUAUGGCCCUGCACAGUCCAUCUCCAGACCGAGUGAGACUCAUAUGGAGACUUGUCAAAUCUGGGGCACAGGCAACUACUGAAACAAUGGAUCGAGCUUUUGAGAUGCGAUACUGGGGUCUUGCAUUGCAUUUCCUAUCAAAAAAAAGACCCACUGCUUUGCAUUCUAAUUUCUAUUCAGUCAUCACUGGCGACCCGCCUUCAAUCAUCGAUUCAUUCCUCCCUGGACCUGCGACCAGAAACCAAGCAUACACGCAUAUAUCAGAGCCAUGCCAAUUACCUAUUGUUCAAACGUCUGACUGGGCACACUGGCAGUUCUACUUUGGGCCUCCUGUUGUCGAGAAUGGACUUUGGAGAAAGAUUGAUGUUGAAGAAUCCCACCGCCUUUGCCAGUAUAUCCAUUCCCGAUUCAAAUUGAACAAGGCACCCGGAGGCGUACUCUCCUUUGAACCAAGUAUCCGCUACUGCGCUUUACUGCGUCCUGGCAUACCUUCAUUCAGAAUAGAUUUAAAACACCGAGAGAGUAUUCAGGCUAUAUGUUUGAGACUCACCACUCCGAGCAGUUUCGUGGUUUUUGCAGAAAUCAACAGAAGAUGGCAAUCAGCAUCGGAAAGGCUUGCUUGGCUAGACACGGACGAAAAUUACAAAAUAAUGAAAAACUAUGAGGAUUAUUCUCCGACAUGGUAUAGCAAUGGUCGGAGUGAUGGAUUAGGUUGCUGGUUACUCCCAGAUUCAUUCUGGGAUACCCCGCAUGUUCGGCAGCUGGUUGAACAACGUCAAUUCUUAGCGCAUCUUCAACUCGACGACGUUCACUGGGGCUUGAAUAUUUUGCGAAAAAGUCUCUCUUUGUUCCUGAACCUUCCAUCUUUCUCGGCUCUAGAUACCUUUGACAGACUGUUCCCUUCUCUUCACAUUCCGACAAAGCCUGAUCGACACCUAUGCUUUCCAAAGGGUUUCUCAUACGAUCUUGCCUACAAGAGCCUUCGAAUUCAAUGGCUAAGGACUUUAGGCGUUAUGUACAACAAAGGGUUACUGGCAAAAACCAAUAUUCCCAGAGAAGUAUUUGUCGAGAUGAAUGGUAUGGUGGAAGUUUUAGAUGGGCUCGCCGGGAUGCACAAAAACAUUCAGGCCGAUCUUCAUGGCGAUGGCUUCAUGCCCGAGGUCCUCGAAGCAGCUUUUCUGGGUCCUGAGGGUAAGAGGGUUCUGGAAAGACUGAUCAACCAGAACACUCAAUGGAGACCACAAGUGUGUUCUUGGAUCAAAGGAGUGGACACAUCGGUAUUCAUGUGGUCCAUGGGUGAGAAUGCGCCUUUAUCGUUCACAAGAGCAGUUCAAUCACUUCGAGCGGUGGGUAUUUCUGAUGGGGACGUGGAAAUGUUGGAACGAGCACUGGAUUUUGCUAGGGCGAAAGUACCAGAGCUAGAGUGA